CUGCUGCAUUUCUCUCCAUCUCUCCCUCUCUCUCUCCCUCUCUCUCUCUCUCUCUCUCUGUCUCUCCCUCCCUUCUUUGCAUCUUUCCAAACCCGCGGACCUCCAGCUGCAUCAGGAGAAUGCAGAGCUGCAAGCAGGACAGGGGCCGCGGCGUGGCUUUAAACACGCAGAACAGACGGAAACAGAGCGAAAAAACAACCGCAGACGUUUAACUUCCACUACAGGAGAAGCAAUAAAGCACAGAGGAAAAACAAAAAGAGAGAGAGAGAGAGAGAGAGAGAGAGAGGAGGAGGAGAAGACAGCCAGGACAAGGGGAGAUGACAGAGCAAGACUAAAAGGGAUGAGAGCUCUGACCAUGGCCGCCCGCCCCGCCUCGGCGCUCUGCCUGCUCCUCCCCCUGCUCCUCCCCCUGCUGCUGCUGUGGGGGCUGCUGGGAGGCCAGGUGCUGUCCAUCUGCCCCGCCGUGUGCUCAUGCAGCCGUGGACACCGCGUGGUGGACUGCUCGUCACGAGGCCUAACCAAGCUGCCGCCCGGUCUGCAGCACAACAUUCGCUUUCUGAACCUGUCGUUCAACAGCCUGCAGGACGUGGACGCUCAGCUGAGCCACUACGCCCACCUGCGGACCCUGGACAUGUCCUACAACCGCCUGGAGACGCUGCCCCCCGCCCUGCCGCGCUCCCUCUGGGACAUCCGAGCCACGGGGAACCUCCUGCGCUCGCUGGACAAGAACGACACGGCGUACCACUGGAACCUGAAGUUCCUGGACCUGUCGGACAACGAGCUGGAGCGGAUCGUGUUCAUCAACAACACGCUGCCCGGCCUCCAGACGCUCAACCUGAGCCACAACCGCUUCUGGACCGUCCCCACCAACAUGCCGCACAACCUGCAGAGCGUCGACCUGUCCCAUAACUACCUGGUGCAGAUCCUGCCGGGUUCUCUGGACCGGCUGCCCAAACUGACCCAGUUCUACCUGCACGCCAACCGCUUCUCGUGGCUGUCGGAGGGCGUCUUCGAUAAACUGUCGGGUCUGCAGCUGAUGACUUUGGGCGAUAACCCGUGGGCGUGCGAAGAGGAAGAAAACAUCACCAAGCUCCUGCAGUGGGCCGAGCAGACCCGCGCCACGGUCCGCGGCUGCCCCUGUUACACCAGACCCGUGUGCGGCCAAGCCCACCUGGCGGCGCCGGGGGGGGAGUGGCACUCCGCCCUGUUCACAGAGCCCCCGCUGUGGGUGGACGGCGGAGGCGAAGGGCCUGACAGGACAGCGGAGGUCACGUCCGGUUACCAGGCCAAAUCUGCGCUUUUUGAAACCGGAAUAUAUCACAACAGCAGAGGGGGGAACGACUCUGCGGAGCCCGUGGUGUUUGAGUGGACGUCGUCCUCCAGUUCUGUCGGUUUCACCAAACGCACAAGCACAACAGCUCGCCCUCGCUCAUUCCACCAACAGACCAGAGUGGCCACCUCCCACAACAGAGGCCGGGGACUCCUUAGUGACACUCCAAGCACCUCUCUGACUGUUUUAUCCUCCUAACUUCACUUUGCAGCUUCUAACGCCAGCUUACCUGGAUACUGAAAUAUUCUGGACAAUGAAUGUAUGACCACGCAACGCCUCGUCGCACCUCCAUUAUCAACUCCUGUAAAACCUGUUACAAUUGUUACUGCCGACUAGGGGUCGACCGAUAUGUUUUUUUGUUUUGUUUGUUUUUUUUGGCUUUUUUUUCCAGGGCUGAUAUCGAUAACAAUUAUUAGUAAUCAACAAGACUGAACAAUUGCACCAAAAAUAUGAGCCUCAAUGGCAAACUUAAGUGUAACUCCAGGAAAAUGCCCCUAAACUGACUGUUAAAUCCAAUAAACAAAAUACAACUCAAUAAUAUUUUAA